GCAGUCUCUGCUUGUCAAAAGGCUGCUGCCGAGCCUCUACCGCCGGGAGCGCCAAGCAGUGAGUCCACCGCCGGACCAGAGUUCUUUUGGUCGGACAGAUCUGUGAGACUUCCCAGGAGAGCAUCCUUGGGCUCUGCUUGCCCCUGCUCCUUCAGGGAUGGAGGCAAUGGCAGCCAGCACUUCCCUGCCUGACCCUGGUGACUUUGACCGGAAUGUGCCCCGGAUCUGUGGAGUGUGUGGAGACCGAGCCACAGGCUUCCACUUCAAUGCUAUGACCUGUGAAGGCUGCAAAGGUUUCUUCAGGCGGAGCAUGAAGCGCAAAGCCCUGUUCACCUGUCCCUUCAAUGGAGAUUGCCGCAUCACCAAGGACAACCGGCGACACUGCCAGGCCUGCCGACUCAAACGCUGUGUGGACAUCGGCAUGAUGAAGGAGUUCAUCCUAACAGACGAGGAAGUGCAGAGAAAGAGGGAGAUGAUCAUGAAGAGAAAGGAGGAAGAGGCCCUGAAGGACAGCCUGAGGCCCAAGCUGUCUGAGGAGCAGCAGCACAUCAUAGCCAUCCUGCUGGAUGCCCACCACAAGACCUACGAUCCCACCUAUGCUGACUUCAGGGACUUCCGGCCUCCAAUUCGUGUGGACACAAGUACAGGGAGCUAUUCUCCAAGGCCCACACUCAGCUUCUCCGGGGACUCCUCCUCCUCCAGCUCCGAUGUGUACACCACCUCACUAGACAUGAUGGAACCAUCCAGCUUCUCCAACCUGGAUCUGAAUGAAGAGGAUUCUGAUGAUCCCUCUGUGACUCUGGACCUGUCUCCGCUCUCCAUGUUGCCCCACCUGGCUGACCUUGUCAGUUACAGCAUCCAAAAGGUCAUCGGCUUUGCCAAGAUGAUUCCAGGAUUCAGGGAUCUCACCUCCGAUGACCAGAUUGUCCUGCUUAAGUCAAGUGCCAUUGAGGUGAUCAUGUUGCGUUCCAACCAGUCUUUCACCAUGGAUGACAUGACCUGGGACUGUGGCAGCCAGGACUACAAGUAUGACAUCGCUGAUGUCUCCAAAGCUGGGCACACCCUGGAGCUGAUUGAGCCCCUCAUAAAGUUCCAGGUGGGGCUGAAGAAGCUGAACUUACACGAGGAAGAACAUGUCCUGCUCAUGGCCAUCUGCAUUGUCUCCCCAGACCGACCUGGGGUCCAGGACGCCAAGCUGGUUGAAGCCAUCCAGGACCGCCUAUCCAACACGCUGCAGACCUAUAUCCGCUGCCGCCACCCACCCCCAGGCAGCCACCAGCUCUACGCCAAGAUGAUCCAGAAGCUGGCUGACCUGCGGAGCCUCAACGAGGAACACUCCAAACAGUACCGGUCCCUCUCCUUCCAGCCGGAGAAUAGCAUGAAGCUCACACCCCUUGUGCUAGAGGUGUUUGGGAAUGAAAUCUCCUGA